AAUGAUUCUCGGCUGUGAGAAGACAUCCCUGACCUGAACCUGAUCACGACCUCUUAAACCGCCGCUCACUGACUGGAGCUCAGAUAAGGGCUCGAUCAUGACAGAUGCUGAUGGCUUCUGUCCGACAGCAGAAGAUGGAGCUGAGAGCGAUCAGCAGCAUCCUCUCAUUCUCCAGAGAGUCCAGGAAGAACCCAAAAGCUGGCAAACCGUUGUGUCAAACCGACUCAAAAAGAACUGCUCGUGCACUCCAAAGAAAGCUAAAUCCAAAAUACUGGGUUUCGUCCCGAUUGUAAAAUGGCUGCCUCGCUACCAGCUGAAAGAAUGGAUUCUGGGCGACGUCAUGUCUGGACUUAUUGUAGGAAUCCUAUUGGUCCCUCAGUCCAUAGCUUACUCCCUAUUGGCCAGUCAGGACCCCAUUUAUGGUCUUUAUACGUCCUUUUUCGCCUCCAUCAUCUACGCACUUUUAGGCACUUCCAGACACAUUUCGGUGGGGAUCUUCGGGGUCCUGUGUUUGCUCGUGGGUCAAGUCGUUGAUAGGGAGUUAGCGUUGGCUGGAUACCUCCCAGAAAACAGCAUCUUAAGUAGCAACGACAGCUCCAUCGUGCUGGGAAAUAGCAGCUUUGGGAUGGAUUGUGACAGAAGCUGCUAUGCUAUCACCGUCGGAGCUACAGUUACUUUCACAGCUGGAGUUUAUCAGGUGCUGAUGGGUAUUUUCCAGGUGGGCUUCGUCUCCGUCUACCUCUCAGACUCUCUGCUCAGUGGCUUUGCUACCGGAGCGUCUCUGACCAUCCUAACCUCCCAGUUCAAAUACCUUCUGGGUCUGAAGAUCCCUCGUCCUCAGGGCUGGUUCACGCUCUUCAAAACGUGGUACAGCGUGCUCUCCAACCUGCAGAACACCAACGUCUGCGACCUGGUGACCAGUCUGGUGUGUUUGAUGAUCCUGUUACCGACCAAGGAGCUCAACGACCGCUUCAAAGCCAAGCUGAAGGCUCCUAUCCCCUUCGAGCUCUUCGUGGUGGUGAUAGCGACGCUGGCUUCUCAUUUUGGAAACUUCAACAUCGACUACGAGGAUGAAGCCGGAGUGACGUUAAUGGAGAACACAUCCUUACGCAGCGUGGUGAUCGACGGCAGCUCCAUUUCCUUUCUGGACACGGCCGGAGUGAACGCGCUGAAAGAAGUCCGCAAAGAUUACGCAGAACUGGGGGUGAAAGUGGUCCUGGCCCAGUGUAACACCUCCGUACUGGACUCACUGCAGAGAGGGGGCUACUACCCCAAAACAGAGAGUGAUGGAGGAGGGGAAACGGUGAUAUUCUACACCAUCGAAGACGCCGUCCACUACGUCCAAAAUCUCCCCGCUGCAAACGGAGAUCAUGAUUAUAAAUGCUAAAAAACGUCCAAAUAUCCAAAUAUCUGUUUACAUGUUUGCAGUUUUUAUGAUUCAAACAACACAAAAGAGAAGGUAGUUGUUGCCUCUGUGCCUUAAAACCAAAGAGCUGAAGUAUAUUACUAAACCAAAUAUAUAUAUUUUUUCUGCAAACUGAUACCAAAAUUAGCCAGAAAAACGACAUACUCAGGAGAUAUCACAUGUACUUUACAUACCUGCUGCAGACCAUCCUUUAUUUAACACACGUUCAGCACAAGUCUUCGUCAUGGAAAUUAAACCAACUAUGUGUAUUUUGUAUGCAAACAAACGCCAAAGUUAGCGAGUAAAGCUACAUACUCUAUAUCACAUCCUUUUUACAGAACUUUAUUUAAUACACCUUCUGCAUGCUAAAUGCUAAAAACGCAUAGAAAUUCAUUAAUAUAUAUUUUCUCUCUGCAAACGGACAACAGAAUUAUUCAGUAAAACUACACACACAGGUUAAAGAGUCACAUCUCAUCUGAAUGUGAAAUUGUGACGUCCAUAGCCUCUCCGCGUCAAACUGACAGUAUGACAGUAAAUGCAAAAAAUAUCCAGAUAUCUUUGUUUACAUGUUGUAGAAUUCAAACAACACAAAAGAGAAGGUAGUUGUUGCCUCUGUGCCUUAACACCGAAAAGCUGAAGUAUUUUUUUACAUACCAUUGCAGACCAACCUUUAUUUAAUACACCUUUAGCUGAAUGCUAAAACAAGUCUUCCUCAUGGAAAUUAAACCAAAUAUAUAUAUGUAUUUUUUCUGCGAACAGACACCAGCGUUAGCCAGUAAAGCUACAUACUCAGGUUCAAGAGUCACAUCUCAUCUGAAUGUGAAAUUGAGACCCGUAAAUUAGAAAAUGUAAAUCUAAAGUUACUCUAGAUUAAGAUCACUUUAUUACUGCCAUCCCAUCUGCUGUAAAACACAGUGAGGUCCCUUCAUACCAGUCACAUGCAAAGUGUCCGUAAGCUUUUAGUACAUGUUAACAGCAGUUAUUUAAAAGUGUUUGAUUCUAUAACCUCUUGUCCAUGAAGUGCAAUCCUCUUGUGAUUCAUCAGCGCAGAUGGUGUGUUGUUGUUGUUGUUGUUGUUGUUGUUGUUGUUGUUGAACUCUGUAUUAGAGCUCCAAAUCAGUUCAAGUUAUUGUGUGAAAACACUUCUUUCUAGAAUCAAAUGCAUCUGUUUUUUCUGACUCAAUCCCACAAACUGUAACAGGUGGGAAUCUGUUCUCUUCCGCUGGUGUUUAUUUGUUAUUUUUAUUUGUUUUAUUUACAAAACCAAAUAAACACCAGCAGAAAUUCUGUUUACUUUUCAAUGUGCAGCCUUUAUGUAAACAAACUGCAGUGGUUGAAGGAAAAUAAAUGUAUUCAAGUGCUAAGUGCUACGUGCUUAGUGCUACAAGCUAAGUGCUAAGUGCUAUGUGCUACGUUCUAAUUGCUACAUGCUUAGUGCUACAAGCUAAGUGCUACGUGCUAAGUGCUAUAGGCUACGUUCUAAUUGCUACAUGCUUAGUGCUACAAGCUAAGUGCUACUUUCUAAUUGCUACAUGCUAAGUGCUACGUGCAAAGUGCUACGUGUACUUUUCCUCCCCCUGAGUAUUUUCACUUUAUUCUAUGUCAACACCAAACAGGUUCUGACUGCAGUAGCUACAUGCUACGUGCUAAGUGCUACACGCUAAUUGCUACAUGCUACGUGCUACGUGCACUUGUAUUUCACUUGAGUAUCUUUAUUCUACUUUAUACUUCUACUCGGCUACACUUAUUUUACAGCUAACUAGCAGAUUUUGUAGAUUUAGAUUAAUAAUACUGAAUUUAAAUCAACUAGUAAAUCUUUAUGCAUUAGCUUAAACUAAUGCAGUAUAUCAAUAAUUUAAAAUAUACCCCACCUUGACAAUUUCAAGUUAAGACAUUUAUAUUUAUUACACAAUAAUGUUGUAUUUGUUAAAUCUGAAAUGGCCAUUCUUCUGCAUAAUGAUUACUUGUAACUGAGUAUUUGUACACUGUAGUAGGCUAAUGCUACUUUUAUCCACCUCUGUCCAAACUGCAGUACCUUAAGCAAUACCUACAGUGCUUUAAAGUACAAAUACAUAUACUGUGAAUGUAUUUAUAUCGGACUCUCUCAUGUCUCGUUAACAUAUCUUAUUUCUCAGUUAUUGCCCAAAAACAACAGGUAAUGUUUCUGCAACAAGAUCUCAGGCGUAGUUAUAUAACCUGAAAGUCCUUCAGUGAAUGUGUCACUUUGAUAAAGUACUUUAUAUUGAACCACAAUGCAAAUAUAACAGCUUGGUAAAUAAAAGACUCAUCUCGGUGAUGAACGUGGGGGCAAAGAUCGAGGUAAAGAAAAACUGCCAUCAGAGAUUAAUCAGAACAGCUUGUUAUGUUAGAGAUCAUCAAACUACAAGGCAGUUUUUUAUUAAAUACAUUAUUGUUAUUUAAAUUAUGGAGGUCCAUUGAUUUCAGUUUUUGUAAUACAAGAAUACAUGAUGAUUACAUUGUAAAUGGCUUAUGAGGAAGGAAAUUACAACUGGAAAAACUAUUUUCAAACAUUUUAAAGAGGCCCUGUUCUGCUUUUUGGGGGGUUUACUUUCCUGUAGUGUGUUCAAUAGGUUUUAGUGCAUGUCAAUGGUCUGCAAAGUGGACUGCACUUGUUGAAAAGUGCUUUAGAAAUAAACUUGCCUUUCCUUUCCGCUCACACAAAAACAAAAAGGGAUAACAUCUGAGGAUAUUUGUUUGUUGUUUAUUUGUAUCUUUAAGGUCUAAAACUGAUUUCAGAUUAUAUUUCUGUACCUUUUCCUUGACAUAUUUAUAUCACUGUCUUACUGGACUUUACUGCAUUCUGUUAUUACUCUCUGUAAUCAGUUAUCCAAUGUACAUUAACAGAAAUGCGAUUUAUACCAGAACAGUGUGCUCUUCUCUUGACUGUAAAAGUAUAUGUCUUACAUUUAGCAUAUGCUAAUAACCUAAUAAAAUACUUGUCACCA